AUGUGGUCGGACGCACAUCAAACCGUGAAGGAUUUUUUUUCUCAUGCUGCGAAGGUGCAAAAUGCCUGGCUUGAAAACGAGAAGCUCGCCGAUCAGCAGCGGGGAAAAAACAAGGCGAAAGGUAACAAGGAUAUCCCGGCGGGCGAAGGCGGUAGCAGCGUUAGCGAUGGCAAGGAAAAGCGAACCGAACCGACAGCGGCACCUACGAAAGCAGCAGCAGCAGCAACAGUAGACGCAGAGGCGCAGAGCAAGACGACCAAAGAUGCGCCAAAGGGGAAGCAGGUUGCGCGAAAAGCCACGCCAGACCAACCCAUACACGAAGAACCCGAAGACCUGGCCAACAGCAGUAGCAGCAGCAGCAGCAGCAGCAGCAGCGCGUCAGAGACCAUUGGGGCAAGCGUGAGGAAGAAGAUCGCCCCGCCAAAGCGUAAAGCGUCCCCGCCGGAGGGCGAACUAUCUGCUGCUCGGAAAUCGUCUUCCUCGAACACUGCGGUAGCUGCGGCAGAGGCCAAGACUGCAGAUACACGUACCCCUGUCACAGGAGCAGGUUUUUCGGCGUCGGAAGCUACGGGCAGCAGCGCCGAAGGUGUCGGCCAUGCCACUAAAACCGUUGGUCGAGACGGCGGGGGGAGGGAAACCUCCCAGGCUAAGCGUGACAGCACAAACAGUGGCAAGGAUACUGCUGGUGCUCCUUCUGGCGUUGUCAGCGGUGGAGGAACGAGAGGGGCAGGAACCAGCAGUGCCGCUCCCGAUACAUCGAACGUUAAAGAGUCCACUCUCAAGAGGAAGCGGACGAGCGAAGCCUCGGACAAAACAGGGACAGCCAAGACAUCGAAAGAGAGCGAUGUUGGCGGCGGCAGCGCGAGCACCAAGGGUGUUCGCGGGGAUCGUGGCAGUAAGUGCAAAGUCGCCAAGUUUCCAGGGUACCUGGAAAGCGAUGACGUGUCCGAGAAGGUCCUCUUUGGCCUGCCGCGAGGGGAAAAAUGUCCCAUCGACGUCCUGUGGGAGGUGGAAGUGCAAAAAAGCGGGCGGAAGACUGAGCAGACAGAAUCGUGGUUCACCUCUGUUGUGGAUCUGACGAAGUCUCUUGGGACGGAUGAGGCAGGUCGCCCAAAGUUUCGCAUCAACUACGCCCGACGAGGCAGUCUCUCCGCUUCUAAGAGCGUGGUGGUCUUUCUGACCGACAGUGAGCUCCGGGACAACCUCCAGGACGAGUCUGAAGAACCACUGCUAUGGAGAAAGAAGGGGUGUCAGGUCGCAUCCAAGCCGGCCGCCACAUCUUCUCUUCGACCGAGCAGCGCCGGAAGCGAGGGUGUAGACCAGGAGGUGGAGUGGGCGGACGGAUUCGGAAUGAAAUCGUUUCGGGGACAGUAAGGGGUCUUUCUCUUUGCACCCUUGCCCUCGGCCUCUCGGUGUCGGAGAAGUUAAGGCGACCGCGGCAAGUUGCGAUAUGGGGCAGAGUGGGUGGGUUUGGGAAUGCAACGCACAAGCGAUCCACGGGGGGAUGAGAAAAAAACUCCUUAUAAUUUUAACUCCGUUCGUACCCCUUGAGUGGCCCUGAGAUUUUUUUCGUCCAAGCAGGAUGCACACUGAAGUUGCUUGAUGGCAUUUUAGGGCUUAGGACUAUUCCGAGAGGCAGACAAGCAGUGAGGGAGAGCAGACUCUCUAGUUCCGAUCUCGAAAAGCCUACUUGAUCGAUCGCCACUCGGCGGUCAGUGACAUGUGGUCGUCACCGGGAUAGUGCUAACAUUGUUUGGGGUGUAGGCGGUGUGAGUUUCCGGUGACGUGAUUGUGUUCGUUUUGCAAGGAGAGCGAAUUGGUGGCCCUAAGAUAACCCCAUGAGUCUUGUUCACCAUGGGGCCGCGUCUCACUGACCCCUGUCUGUAUCCCUCUGCGGGAACCAAACUAUUUGCGCGGUCUCGGGUCGCAAAGAAGUUAUCUUUGCCCUGAUGGUGUUGGUGCUCGAUAGAGAAAUUGCUGUCUUGUACGUGUGCAUCGAGCUACAACCAUUAUCUCGUAGGCAGGAAACACGCGGAUGGCCUCAGUACUGUCGUACGGCCAUCAGGGUUUGCCCCUGGGUUACGAUGUUGGCAGCGUGGUUUUCUAUAGGAUCCUGUGAAGGGGCGAGACCAGUUACAGGUGGAUUUUGUGUUGUGAAGGGAAGCCAGAGUAUAAUACAGUAGAACCCUCAAUAUUUUUGCUGCUCAGUAGAGAACCUGAUCGGAGAAUGGCUCCCUUGUUUGCCUCUCGGGUUGGUUUUCGAGGAAACGCUAACCCCACACGCGGCGAAGCCCCACGGGGCCCUUUGGGCCUCGGUUAACCCUCAAGGCAGGGGUGGUUCAGUCUCGAGGUAGUGGUUCGGUCUUUUCGUUGUUCAUGCUCGGGGUUGGGUUCCCCGAUGGAGUAGUCCAAGCGAAACGGCUUGUCUAGCUUUUUUUCUUGCAAGAUAAGGCAUGCGGGACCAUCCUCUGUUUGGAAGUUCCUUCAAUUUCGAAGCUGCUGAGACCCCCCCACUACUCCGAAGCUGUCGUGCGUGGGAAAAUAUGGACCGAAUUUUGCGGCUUUGGAGGUUGUGACGGUGAACGCAAAACCUGUGAGGAACUAGCGCAUUGAGGUGGCGCAAAACGCCUAAUAUUCUGAGGGAGUAUUUUUCUCGAGGGAUAUAUUUUUCUCUAUCUGUGGCCGCAGUCUACAAACCAUGGAUCAUAUAUCCUUGCAUGCCUGCCAGUGGGACGGAGUUCGCGAGGGUUUCAUUCAUCUGGCACGAUGCAGGUGGCAAACUGCCGUCCGAAGGACAGUAUGAGUUGAUCCUGCUAUCAUGAAAGAUAAGGGGGUGCGGUGCUAGGGUUUUUACGGGGAAUGCGCGUUGCGGCGGACUGGCGCACACGUGAUUCUCUGCCACGCUACCGAGAGUUGGAGACGUGUGUCAUCUGGGGUGAUAUCAUGUUGAAGCGACCCUGAACAUGCCCGACGCACAUCACCAGUGACGGGGCAAGAUUUUCAUGGGGAUGGUGGAGCCACCGAAGGACCAAUAUUCGAUGAAAGACGAUACUUUUCGAAACGGUGGUAGUACUUUCGUGUGCUUCAGGACU